CCUCCCGCCUGCUCGCCGCUGUGCCCACACCCACGGCGCGCUCGUCGGUUGCGUUUGCAUGCGGGGCGCUGGCCCUGUGUGCUCGUGGUCGACGUGUUCCGCACGCCCGGCCCUGUCCAUUGACGUUCUUCUGUCCUGAGCUCGUGUGCGCGUGCUCCGUUUGUCGGCGGCCGUGCUUGUGUGCUGGGCAUUCGCCCAAUGCACUCGCCUUCGGCAUGUCUGCCGUGGGCUGCCUGCUGGCCCGCCCGCUGGUCCGCCCGCUUUCCCGCCCGCCCGCUUUCCCACCUGCCCGCUUUCCCGCCUGCCCACUGUCCCACCUAUCCACUCACCUGCAUGCCCCGUCCGCCUGCUUACCCCGGCACCCGUGAACCAGCCUGCCUUCCGGUGUCUCUGCUCACUCGCUUGGCUACUCGCCGUCUUGCCCGUCUACUCGCGCGUCCCCCUGCCCGCCCGCUGACCCACCCACUGACCCAGCCGCUGACGCGCUCGCUUUGCGCGUGUUCGUUGGCCGUGUUCGCGUGCUGGGUAGUUGCCCAGCGCGCGCACGGUCGGCGUGCGCUCCCGCCCGCCUGCUCGUCUGCCCGCCCCACCGCCGUUCAUCGGCCAUGUCUGCGCAAGAAGCAUUCGCCCUGGGUACACGUGGUCGCCGUGUGCGUCGUGC